AUGGCUUUCCACCUAAGAUCGAUAAGUUUGCCUUCAAGGCCUCAGGCCAACGAGGCCGAAGUCGAGCAGGAGCUGCUGAGCCUAGGGGCAAGCAUAUCUUCCUCCAACACCAUCAGCUCGAUAUGUGAUGGUCUUAGGAGGCUUGGAGACAUCUACAAUGGUGUUAAAGAGAUUGUUGGCCUGCCAAGCAACCAAGUCGGGAAGAUGUUGGAUGGAGAGAUGGAAUGCUCUCUUGAGCUGUUGGAUCUCUGCAGCACCAUGCAAGAGAUCUUCAUGGAGAUGAAGGCCAUCAUUCAAGAGUUGCAAGUGGCUCUAAGAAAAGGAGAUGAUGUAGGUGCUCAAGCCAAGAUCCAGUCUUAUUCUCGUUUGGCGAAGAAGGCCAAGAAACAUUUCAAGAAGACCACGAAGAAGGCUACUUCUGUGGAGUCUUCAGUCCAUCUCUUGUCGAAGGAAAUCAAUAUGCCUAAACAGUCUCUUGUGUCCAAAGCAUUUCACAAGAAGAAGGCCGUUGUUUGCGAGGAGGAGCAAUUGCAGGCGAUAGAGUGCAGUAUUGGAGAUCUUGAGAAUGGGGCAGGACAUCUGUUCAGGAAAUUAGUCCAGAUCAGGGUUUCUCUCCUGAACAUUCUUAGCUCAUAG